AUGAGCAACGCAGCUUUUCUAGAAGAUUGGAACAGUGUUGUGCCAUUCAAAAUCAAAGGGGCAGAUCUGGAAAAACCCACGGAACAAUUCGUGUAUAAAGCCAUUCUAAACAUUUUUAGGCUCAUACAUUACGAUGUUUCUAGCUAUGAAGGCAUGUAUAGCGAAUCAACAGAAACUCUUAUCGUAAAACGAGUUGAGUUCGUAGCGAGGAUCAACUACAUUUAUCAAUUAUGCUCAGAUUCUAAGCAAACAUCUUUCUUUUAUGUGGAUCUCGUCAAACCAACGACUAAAAAAAUUAUACAUCUUCUUAAAAUUCUGCUGAACUAUUUAUUCUACAUCAAUAUGGUUAAGGAGACAAUUCUUGAAAAAGCAAAUAGCUGUACUGAGAAGUACUUUGAUCUCAACGCCAAACUAAAUCAAGAACAAAUAGCAAAAGAAGAGAACAAAAUACGAGUUAGUAAUCUUAAUCGUCACAUAGACGAUUUGAAGCACCAGUUGCCUCAUUUGAAAGAACAAGUUGAUAUACUUCAACAACAAAAACAUACGAUCGAAGAAAAAAUAUCCAAACUCAAAACAAGCGAUCAAGAACUUAUGGACAAAAUAGUUGAACUUAAAUUAGAACACACUGAACUCACAGAUCGAAUAGUGCCAAUUGAAGAAGCAGUUGAAUUAAAAGAUUCUAAAAAUUCAUUAGAACACGAAUUAGAAUUACUAACAGACAAUGAACAAGAAUUACAAAAAACAUAUAAAAUUCAUGUUACGUCUAUUAAUGAAAUGAAACCUUGUAUAGCACUGCUAGAAAAAAUGCUUCAAUAUGAAUACGACGACAUUUGCAAAUUUCCACACAAUGAACUAUCCGAACUGAAAGUGCAGUGCGAGAAAAUGAGGAAAGAUCAUGCGAAUUUAGAGAGUGUUUUUAAUACACUUCUAGAAAAUGAGCAUGCUGUCGAAAUUGAGUUAGAGGAGAAACAGCGUGAACUGGCGGCGCACAACAUAGGAGCGAAUAAGAUCGAGGACAAAAACGACAGCCAAGUUAAAUAUAAAGAAAAAUAUCUUACAGCGUUGGUAGAAACAAAUGAUACGCUGGUGGAGAUAUUACAGGCAUUACAGCGAGACGUGCAACGAAUUAUUCAUAUGUGUGAAAAAGCAUUAAAAAUCGUAGAUACAACUUUCAUCGAAUAA